GGCAGAUAACGAACAUUAUUUGUCGAUAAGUGAUCUUGUAGAAAAAAGUGUUAUUAUCUAUUUUUUUUUGUGAACAAAUCUGUAUUGCGGAGUAGUUUUAUAGGAGCGACGUACAAGUCGUGCAGUAGUGGUAGUAUAAGAAGAAGCCACUGCUCUAAAUCAAACCGUACAAGAUGGGAUCUUUAUUGCGGGGUGAGGAUAUGGUCCUCAUCCAAAUGUACAUUCAGCCCGAAUCUGCUUAUCUGAUUACCGCACAUUUGGGCGAAAGUGGAUGUGUUCAAUUUAUAGAUCUUAAUCCCGAGGUUAACUCCUUCCAAAGAGAACACGCUUAUCAAAUUAAAAGAAUUAGCGAAAUGGAGAGGGAACUCAGGUACAUCGAGUCAGAAAUCAAGAAGAGAAACAUCAGGAUAUUUGAUAUAGUCGAUAUACCGACCGCCCCUAAUCCUCGCGAACUCGGAGAUCUAGAGGCUUACAUUGAAAAGACAGCGCUCGAUAUUCGUGAAUUAACGACAGCCGCAACGACCCUAAAAAUGGAAUAUUAUCAAAAAGUGCUUGAGAAAAAUGUGCUACUCAAGGCCCAAUUGUUUUUCAGUCAACAAGAAGAGGCCAUUUACAAUGAAUAUACUCCAGAAGAGAUGAGAAAUGCAUCACAGUUAGGUUUUAUUGGAGGUGUUAUCGCUAAGGAUAAAUUUUUCUCUUUUGAGCGUUUAAUGUGGAGAAUAGGAAGGGGCAAUAUUUUCGUACGUCAAGCUGAUAUUAAUGAACUUAUCACAGAUCCGACCACGGAAAAAGAAAGUCCUUACACUGCAUUCGUAGUGUUUUUCCAAGGCGAACAAUUAGACGCCAAAAUUAAUAAAGUCUGUGCAGGAUACAAAGCCACAACUAUAGAAAUCCCCGUUACUCCAACUGUCCGUAAUGAACGUAUCAAUCGUAUAUCCGCUGAGGUGCAAGAUAUUAAAGUCGUGAUCAACCAAACCGAAGAUCACAUAGGCAGACUGUUAUUUGCUGUGGCAAAAGACAUACAAAACUGGUCGAUAGUCGUUUGCAAAAUGAAAGCAAUUUAUGACACGUUGAACAUGUUUAGCGCCGACGUCAGUAAAAAGUGUAUAAUUGCGGAAGGUUGGGUACCCGUCAAUGAUCUUCCGAAGGUACAACAUGCUCUUGAUUUAGGAUCGGGAGCUUAUGGCAGUUCGGUGCACUCAUUUUAUAAUGUUCUGAACACAAAACAGACCCCUCCUACUUAUAAUAGAACUAACAAAUUCACGCAAGGUUUUCAGAAUUUAAUAUCCGCUUAUGCUUUUGGUACCUAUGGGGAGUUAAAUCCUGCUCUUUACACAAUUGUAACAUUCCCAUUUUUAUUUGCCAUUAUGUUUGGCGAUUUGGGACACGGCAUAAUAAUGGCGGCAUUUGGUGCUUGGCUGGUUAUCGAUGAGAAAAAAAUCGACGCUCAAAAAAACAAAAACGAGAUAUUUGGAAUAUUCUUUUCAGGAAGAUACAUUAUCCUUAUGAUGGGACUGUUUUCUAUGUACACCGGCCUCAUAUAUAACGACAUAUUCUCAAGAUCAAUGAACAUUUUCGGAAGUAAAUGGAAGGUAGAUCAGACGGACCUAAUCGCACAAGGGAUUAACGUAUCGGUAUUACAAACAGACGACAGUACUUUGAAGGCUAUGUUGGUUCCUAAAAAUAGUUACGACGGAGAACCUUACUAUAUGGGUUUAGAUCCCGCUUGGCAGGAUGCUGACAAUAAAAUUAUAUUUUUAAACUCGUUGAAAAUGAAAUUGUCUAUUAUAAUUGGGGUUAUCCAUAUGAUUUUUGGAGUUGUCCUCAGCGUCGUUAACUUCAUGCACUUUAAAAAACCCAUGCAUAUUUUGCUGGAUUUCUUACCAAAAAUCUUGUUCUUCAGUUUCCUUUUCGUCUACAUGGUCAUAAUGAUAUUUAUGAAGUGGCUAAACUAUAGUGGCAUGAACGACAACACCGAAGAUAUUGCCCAUAGUUCAGGAUGUGCUCCAAAUGUGCUGAUCUAUUUUAUCGGAAUGAUGUUAUUUAAGGCUGCCGAUGAAAAAGAGAACUGUAACCAGUACCUGUUCGAAGGUCAGGAAAUGCUUCAACACGUACUAGUAGUUUUGGCUCUGGUGUGCAUUCCUUGGAUGUUGCUCGGUGCACCGUUAUAUGAAAAUUUUGCAAAGAAGAAAAAAACUCCACAGUCAACAAAUCAAAACGGUCAUGCAGGCCAUCACGAUUCGGAAACACCGGCAACUUCAGCACUUUCAGAGGAGGAAGAGCACGACGAACCCUUUAGUGAGUUAAUGGUCCACGCCGGAAUUCACACAAUUGAAUUCACGUUGAGUACAGUUUCACAUACGGCGUCUUACCUUCGUUUGUGGGCCUUAUCAUUAGCUCAUGCACAAUUGUCAGAGGUAUUAUGGACUAUGGUCUUCAGGCGUGCCUUAGUGACAUUAUCAAUACCCUAUUACGGAGGUAUUAUUAUAUUUGUUAUAUUUGCGGUAUGGGCAGCGAUUACGGUAGCGAUUUUGGUGCUUAUGGAGGGACUUUCCGCUUUCUUGCACACACUUCGUUUACACUGGGUAGAAUUUAUGACCAAGUUCUUUGACGGUCAGGGAUACGAGUUUGAACCUUUUAGUUUCAAGAGGAUUUUUGAACAAGAGGAAGAAGCUGCUCGCGAAUAAACAAUUGUGUACUUUUCUUUAUUUUAAUACAUGAAUUAAUUUUUGAAUUUAAUCACGAAUAAAAUAAUGUAGUUCUGCCAA